AUGAACUCAUAUGAUCCCUCGGCUACAGAUUCUUUAACUCACCCUACUAGAAGUGAUGAUUCAGAGGAUUUCUAUAGCGGUAAACGAAAUUCACGACGGGCAAGUAGAAAUAUUUUUGCAUCAAUAUGGUAUAGAAUACAACAGUUCAUUACUCUGAAGAUGAUAUUUUACUCGUUUGGACUAUAUGUCGCAAAAUAUCCUCUAUUUUUCCUCUUUCUUUCGAUGCUAUUGUCUUUAACAACCUUUGGAAUGCGGAAAUUAACGCUUCGGGACAGUAUACGAGAGGGAUAUACUGCCUUGGAUGCGAGGUCUCGCUACGAGACCGAAGUGAUGAGACAAUUUGCAGGCGUUUCCGUUGAUCUCAUGAAAACUAUCGUUCUACUAAUGGCUAAAGAUGGUGGAUCUAUGCACCGAAAAGAAUACUUUGAUGAGGCGGAAAACAUCGUGAACUAUAUGUAUAAUCUGACAGUGAAGACUAAUGAACGAAGUGUGUCAUACAAUAAAAUGUGUAAGCCGUAUUGCAUGAGCAGCAAGAAACUUCUCAUGGCAUUUAAGAAGUACUAUGACAUAAACUAUAAGUCAGCGGUUAAAAAUCAAUACUACAGUGAUCUAUAUAAUCUUUCCUAUCCGUUUGGUACAAUAUGGGGUAUUCGUAUCCCUCUAGAAAAAGCUCUAUUCGGUGUUAGACUCACUGAGAAAGAAGAAGAACCGCCUGAGCCCAAAAAGAAAGCAAGAGGGAAACGAUUUUUUGGAAACAAAAUCCCAAUAGACCCAAAUAAAACAAUCGAAUCACAAAUCACAAAUAUGGAGCACGUCACGUUGAUGCUUUUCGUUCUAUACGGGAACAAAAAUACGCCACUUAAUGUAACUGAUUUUUCUCAAUGGGAACUUGGAAUGUACGAAUGGAGCAAAGAAUACAACGAAGGAAAACUUGCGAACGAUUCACUUGUUAAAAUUCUUAUGCUCGGAACAGACGUGUUGGAUAUGGAAAUCAACACCGCAAACACAAAAUUAGCACCGUACUUCGGUGCAGGAUUUGCUUCUAUGAUUGGAUUCGUUGCCUUAUGUGUUUUUUCAAGUGCUUACUACUACAAUACUCUUGACUUGGGGAAAAUUUUGGUUGGAAUAGGAGCAACUUUGUGUCCUCUUCUGGCAAUCACCUGUACAUAUGGUAUUCUCUCGAUGUUGGGAUUCCGUAUCAAUUCCUUAUUGUUUGUAAUGCCUUUCUUAAUUAUGGGUGUGGGAGUUGAUGCUGCGUUUUUAAUGAUAAAUUCCUGGCAAAAGCUCAAACACAACGGAAAUUCUCACGCGGAAAGGCUGGGUCUGGUUUACGAAGACGUAGGUCCAAGCAUCACUAUAACGUCGGUGACUAACGUCUUAUCAUUCGUCAUUGGAGCCAUCACACCAACACCAGAAGUUCGACUGUUUUGCUUUGGAACGGCUACUGCUAUGGCGCUCACGUACAUUUAUCAAAUGAUUUUAUUUGGCGCUGUACUUUCCUUGGUUAGCAGAUAUGAAAAGAAACAUCAAAGAGAACUCGGCGAAGAUGAAAUGGGGUGGAGAGAAACGAUUGAAUAUAUUUCGCAAAGUUUAUUGCACACUCAUUGCAAAAUAGUGAGGAACAAAUCUGUAGCAGUAUUUGUACUUGUUGCAACUGUUUUCUACUGGUUUUAUUCCAUUAGUGGAAUGCUUCUGCUAGAAAGCAAACUAGAUGCCACAAAAAUUCUACCGAAAGAUUCUAUACUGCAUGAAGCGAACACGAUCCUAACUGAAUUAGUGUGGGCGGAAUUCUUGGCGCCUGCAUUUUAUGUGAACAUUCGCUUUAAUAUGACCAAUGACAGUUUAACAACUCAGUUUUGGGAUAUGCUAAAAGGACUGGAAGAACUGCCGCGCUGCAGAGGUCACAGAUCAUCUUAUAUAUGGUUUAGAGAUUUCGUGCAAAAAAACAACAAGACGAAGGAGAUUUAUCCCUAUAAAGCUCGCAUCGAUCCAAGACAGCUUAGUGAUUUCCUAUCAAGUGACGAGUACCACUUCGACACCUCUCUUAAGCUAUCAAAUGAUUCAGGAAAUCUAACUGUAGAGGGAUUUUUCUUCAAUGUAGCUUACACCAAAGUAUACAAUUGGGAUAUUCGAAUAGAUCUGAUGAUAAAAUGGCGAGAAAUUAUUGAUAGGUAUCCUGAACUAAACACAACGGUUUAUGAAUCCGGAGCAAUGUUUGUAGACCAGAUGUUGAGCUUAAAGAGGGUCACCUUACAGACCGCACUUCUCACUUUUCUUUCUAUGACAGCAGUAUGUGCACUCUUUAUGCGAAAUUUCUGUACAGUUGCUACAGCAAGUGUUUCGAUCGCUUCUAUUAGUACAGGAGUCAUCGGUAUCAUGUCGAAACUCUCAUUCGAACUUGAUCCAAUAGUGAUGGCGUCGUUGCUUAUGACAAUUGGAAUGAGUGUGGAUUACAUUGCUCAUGUUGCGUAUCAUUUUCAGCUCUCCUCCAAAACGGAAAUAGUAGAAGGGAAAGUUGUAGACAUAGCUUUUAAAGACAGAGAAGAAAAACUGGAACACACGAUGAGAGCAGUAGCAUGGCCAAUGGUACAAGCAGGAUUGUCUACAGUCUGCUGCGUGUUACCUCUUCUUUUCAUAGCCACACAUUCCUCUUCCGUUUUCGUUACUGCCAUUAUGUUGGUGGUGUUAUUUGGCAUCUUACAUGGCCUAUUGAUUCUACCAGUGUUCCUAUCUCUGUUACCGGAAUGGUUAACAAAUCAUACGUGCUGCAAAGGAGAAUCGCAUGAAGAAGAUGACCGUACUUCCGUAGACGCCGCUCAUUCUAGCAGUUCGAACGAGUCAUAA